UCUGAACAACUCACAGUCUUUUUCCUUAAUUCUUGAAAUUCCCUCAUUCCUCAGUAUCUAAUUUGAAAGUAACGUUUCAACACCAAGUCAUUUUCAUCAAUUUGUUCACUUACACAAAUUGAAAUGGCAUCACUAUCAAGUACCCUACUUGUUACAUUUUACUUGACAUUUACAUUAUUAUUAUUAUUAUUAUGUAGUCAUGUUGUUACUGCUAGGUACCAUCACCACGGACACCGCGGUCACCAUAAUAACAAGAAACAACAUAAGCAUAAUUCACACAUAUCGUAUCCCCCUUCAAUUUCACCCGAGCCUUCACCCUCCGCGGGGGACGAAGGGGUUUAUGAUGUGAGGUCUUUUGGUGCCGUGGGGGAUGGUGUUACGGAUGAUACUGAAGGUUUUAAGGCAGCGUGGGAUGCUGCUUGCCAAGUUGACUCAGCUGUUAUUCAUGUUCCUGUUGGUUACUCUUUUAUGAUUCAGUCUACUAUAUUUACUGGUCCUUGUCAAAGUGGCUUGGUGUUUCAGUUGGAAGGAACAAUAAUGCCUCCAGAUGGACCAGAGUCGUGGGGGAGCAACAAGAGUAAGAGGCAGUGGCUGGUAUUCUAUAGAGUAAAUGAGUUGUCAUUACAAGGAGGAGGCGUCAUAGAUGGAAGAGGACAAGAGUGGUGGAAUCUUCCUUGUAAACCCCAUAAGGGACCUAAUGGAAGUACACUACCUGGACCAUGUGACAGCCCAAUUGCCAUUAGAUUCUUCAUGAGCUCAAAUCUAACGGUGCAAGGAAUUAAAAUGAAGAAUAGCCCCCAAUUUAAUUUCAGAUUUGAUAACUGCAAGAAUGUGCAUAUUGAAUCCCUACACAUUACAGCUCCCAUAUGGAGUCCCAACACUGAUGGCAUUCACAUUGAGCAAACCAGCAAUGUUGAAAUUUAUGACUCCCUCAUCUCUAACGGUGACGAUUGUGUAUCAAUAGGAGCAGGAUGUUACGAUGUGGAUAUUAGGAAUCUUACAUGUGGACCUGGAGGACAUGGAAUCAGCAUUGGGAGUUUAGGCAACCACAAUUCGCGAGCAUGUGUAUCAAACAUCACAGUUCGUGACUCAGUAAUAAAACAAUCAGACAACGGUGUGAGGAUCAAGACAUGGCAAGGCGGAUUUGGAGCAGUAUCAGGAGUUUCGUUUCUCAACAUUCAUAUGGACAAUGUACGUAACCCUAUUAUAAUCGAUCAAUUCUACUGUCUUUCGAAAGACUGCAGUAAUCGGACUUCAGCAGUGUCUGUUUCAGAUAUUGAAUACUCAAGUAUUAAAGGAACGUAUGAUAUUAGAAGCCCGCCAAUGCAUUUUGCUUGUAGUGACACUAUCCCCUGCACGAAUAUAACACUUUCAGACAUAGAACUUUUGCCUGCUAAAGGCGAAUUAGUGUUGGAUCCCUUCUGUUGGAACGUGUAUGGAGGACAAGAGACGUUAACAAUUCCGCCUAUUUUUUGCUUGUUAGAGGGAAAUCCUCCAUCGGUGUUUGAAAAUAAUGACUUGGGGUAUUGUUCCUCGUCGUGAAUUUUAAUAUUGCCGGGUUGUUUUGUGUG